GUGUAUUGGUUUGUACUUUGUAGUGUGGAAAUUAGGCAUCUCAUCGUCUUCAUGAGUUCAUGUCCAAAGAUCUCAAUUAAGUCCAUGUUUAUGAACCUCAACCCAUAAAGUUCGUAAUUACAACACAAAUUAUUCAACUUUUUCAAAAUUUCACUCCAAAAUCAAAACUCUUUCUUGAAGCUCUCUGCAAAUGCCAUCAUCCUUUUCGUCAUCGAUUACACAUGUAGAUAAAUAAAAAAAAGGAAAGGAGACAAAGAGGGGAAGAUGACGAUUAACAGGGGAAAUGGAUGCGUUCCGAUGCGCGAAAUCCGGGGAAUCCUCACACUGCUCGGCGCGAUCAUUAUAUCUGGUGUGGAAGGGUCGAUCCAUGAGUAUAAGAACGAGGCUUUCAUUCCUCGCUUCAAUUCCUUCUUCUUCCAUGGCGGCAGUGAGGGGCUCUAUGCUUCAGAUGUACAGGAACAUCAUCCUUCCAAUCUUUCCUCUGAAGACGCCAAUAAACCUCUCAAUGGCAAGUCAUUCAUCAGAUUUGAGUCUAUUACCUUUAGAAGGUCAAAAGAGGCUGCAACCAGGCAAAAUGCAAUGCAGGAUAGUACAGGACUUGUUGAAGCCAUUAUUCUGGACGUCAAAGAUAGGGAUAGAAUUGGAGGGCAUUAUCUAAAGUCUGAUGCAAUAUGUUGCACCCCUGAGCUUGCCAAGGAUGGAUCCUGUAAGGUUGGAGAGGUUAUCAUACGUCAAGAUCCAGACAACCCCGGCUGGCCUAAACGGAUUCAGGCUUCCUUUGAGGGAAACAACGAGGAGGCUAAUAUGGUGCUUCAAACAGCUGAGAUCAACAAGACCGGAAUGUAUUAUCUAUAUUUUAUGUUCUGCAACCCAGAACUCGAGGGAACUUUUAUUAGUGGAAAGACUGUUUGGAGAAACCCGGGAGGUUAUUUACCGGGGAAAAUGGCACCACUUAUGACAUUUUAUGGGUUUAUGUCUUUGGCAUACCUUGUCCUAGGCCUCGUUUGGUUUUUGCGCUUUGUUCAAUACUGGAGGGAUAUAAUACAGUUGCAUUACCACAUCACUGCUGUCAUUGGACUCGGGAUGUGUGAAAUGGCUCUUUGGUAUUUUGAAUAUGCAAAUUUUAAUUCCACGGGAAGCAGACCAAUGGGGAUUACCAUUUGGGCAGUUACUUUCAGUGCUAUUAAGAAAACUGUGUCAAGGCUGCUUCUUCUAGUAGUUGCCAUGGGUUAUGGUGUUGUACGGCCCACCCUGGGAGGUAUAACCUCAAAGGUGCUGCUUCUUGCUGCAGUAUAUUUUCUGGCUUCAGAAGCUCUUGAGCUUGUGGAGCAUUUGGGAAACAUCAAUGACUUUUCUGGGAAAGCAAGGCUCUUCUUGGUGUUGCCAGUUGCUUUGCUAGAUUCCAGCUUCAUCAUUUGGAUAUUUUCAUCAUUAUCAAAGACUUUAGAGAAGCUUCAGGUUCGAAGAAGUCUGGCCAAACUUGAGCUGUAUAGAAGGUUCACCAAUGCUCUUGCCAUUGCAGUUCUUCUGUCUGUUGCCUGGAUUGGCUAUGAGUUAUACUUCAAUGCUAGUGACCCUUUGAGUGAAUUGUGGAGAAGGGCAUGGAUAAUUCCAGCAUUUUGGAUAUUAUUAGCAUAUUUGCUGUUGGUGUUGAUAUGUGUUCUUUGGGAUCCAUCACAUAACCCUACCAGAUAUGCGUACUCAGAAGAAACUGGUGACGAUGAGGAACAAGUAUUGUCCCUGACUGCCAGCGGAGUAAAAGUGUCUGGAGAUUCGGCAAACAAACUGGAAAGAAAGGAAAGGAAGGGAUCAAUUACUACAGAUCACGUUUUCGGAAUAGCUGAAGUUGUUGAGGAGGACAAGAGGGAAUGAAUGACCGUUUUCCUUCCAACACGACAAAGAUUAGAGAGGUACUACAAUGCACUUAGUUGUCAUUUCACAUCUUCUACCAGCAGAAGACUUUUGAGAGCAAUAGGCCACAAUGGCUCAGCCAGAAACUUGAUUCUUUGUGUUGGACGAUGUGGAUCUGACAGAGCAAUGCUUAACAUGCAGAAAUGGCAUCAUCUUCUUCGCCUUUCAUAACAUGCGAAGUUCAUAUUUGAUCUCAGCUGAUAUAUACAAAGAAAAUUUUAGCAUACUAUAAUGUGUGAAAAGCUUUGUUAUGAACCAGAUUGUGUUUAUAGAUAUUGGAAUAUCACACGUGACACGUUCCAAACACUGAAUGUAUGAUCGUCCAAUGAAAUUUAUUUGAUGUA